ACACACGCACACUGUGUGACACUACAUUAUACUAUCAGCUAAUUGUACAUCUAUGUGGACACUCUUAAUGCAUGACUUUUCUGUAACGUCAACACUGUUACCGCUGCUCAGCUCAUUUUCUGCCUCUGUCUCUGCCGACCGUGAAUUAACGUUGAAUUAAACGGAAACCCCGUGAAACACUUAUCCACGCCAAGGAGUCAGCGUCACUGGAGUAAUGUGACAACCUGCAGGUCCAGGAGACGUAUAUGACAAGGCGAGAACAGAAAUAGUAUUUUCGUGUGUGUGUGUGUGUGUGUGUGUGCGUGAGAGAGAGAGGGUGUCAGUGAUCGGGAGCAAAGGAGCUACAGUUACUUUGUUGAGCAGGCGACAUUUUUCUGAAGCUACAACUCUUUUAAGGUUAAUUCCACACAGCAGUGGCAAUAACAUUUCUGCAGAGGCGGCACAGCGGCAAUCACUGCACGACAAGAGGAAGGAAAGAGAAACUUGGGAACCUGCUGUACAAGGUCAGACAAGGGUGAUGAACUUGUGUCUCUGCAAGCGCAUGGAAACCAGAGCCCGGUGACUGUAACGAGGUCUGGAGAGCAGCGGCGCCGUUGACGACUUCGGUCAUGAGCGUGAAAGACUGGAAAACGCGGGGCUGCAAACAACUAGCAGGCUCAGUUUGGUGUAUGAAAUACUGAGUCCGCAGAAGUGCCCACUGGACUGAGUGAUUUCACGGUCGGCGUCCGCGAUGCGCAUGUUCUCUUGUAUUUCAGUCUGUGGAAUGCUGGAGGCCACCUGCCAUUCCAGUCACGCAGCUCGUGGCGGCUCACUGCAUCACACCGGAGGAUUUCAGAGGUUUUCCGACGACGUAGCCAGCAGCGUUGAAAUGCUGCAGGAUCUGGACUAACCCUCCAAAUCUUAAACAAAUAUGCAAUAGUUUGUGUAGCUCGAUCAACUCCAACUCCAACUCAAGUGAAGUUAUUUCAAUCAGCAGCAACAAUCCACAGCUACUAGUGCGUUGAGUGCAUUCUAGUCCGGAUUGCAGCUCUCUCACGUGAAACAGUGUAUGGCAUUGAGUCUGAGGUGGACUAUCCACUCUGACACAGUGCUGCCUGCGUUCAGAGGCCGGCGGCAGGCGAUUUUCAGAUUUUGAGAUCUCGCAUCCGGUCAGCGUUUUGGUUCUGGGUCCAGAUGUUCCUGAACACGGUGCUGGUGGUGCUGACGGACCUGGCGGCCCGGCUGCUGGGUAACACGGCGUUCCGGCAGCACUUCCACCUGCUGCUCUCUGCGGCGGUGAUGUUCGGCCCUGCGCUGAGCCUCUGGGUCUCCCAGCACAGUGUCUUUGCCAAGAGAAGCCACUUCCUCUACAGGGUGUUCCUGCGUUCUGGCUGGGGCUGGACCUGCGUCUUCGUCGGUUCCUUCGUCUUCCUCCUCUCCUUCUCCAUCCGCCGUUCCCUCGCCCUCUCCGUCCGUCACCUCUCCAGGCUCGGGGUGGCCGGCGGACUGUGGCUCGGUUUCUGCAAACUCCUGGACCAUCUGGAGAAUGCCACAGGAAGCUGCUACGAGCCCCUACUCGACAGUGGCCAGCCUCUGUUGGUGCUCCGAGAAGGGGCGAGCAGGUCUGAGUGCCUCAGAGCUGGGAUGCUGUGGAGAGGAUAUGAGGUUUCAGAGGAUGUCUUCCUUCUCUGUCUGUGCUGCCUGCUGCUGGCUGAGGAGACCGCCGUGUUCGGCCCUUAUCUAAGUUUGGGAGGGAUCUCAGAUGCUCCGCUGAGGAUCCUCUUCCUCUUCUGUGUUCUCCUGCUCGGGCUCUGGAUCUUUCUGCUGCUCUGUCUCCUUGCUUACUUCCCUCAGUUCCCCACCCAGCUGCUGGGGGGCGCUUUAGGCUGCCUGAGCUGGAGGGGACUGUACCAGGGCUGGUACCGCUUGGGACCCAACUGGUACUGUCCCGGGAGGCCUGGACUGGGACUGCUCAACACCAAGACCGGGAGUACUGAAGCUGAAGGCGCUCAACUGAGCCACGAUCACUGCAAUUAACUGAACAAAAGACCUUCAGAGAUCUCCACAUAGAUAACUCUGAUCAUUAGGUCGAGGUGUUUGUCCGGUGGCUAAUGAAGGCUCUGUUACCGACACAAAAUCUGUGAGAUUGUGUCUAUUGUCCCCAGUGAGAUAAGCAUUCAGCAAAUCGACUAAGGUGGUUUUUCAAUUGGAUGUGCAUCAAACAUGUUUUUCACUCAAAUAUUUGCCGAUUCUGCGCAUGCAUUUUUUGUCAUGAAGUGGCUUUUGACAGGAGUCUCCAACAAUACAGGUCGGCCGUGUGAGAGAAACCCACAGCUUAGUUUGCACAGCAGGGGGGAAAAAAAUCUGCAUCUGAAGUAAUCUGAUGGAUACUAGAUUUUCUAGUGGACAUCUAAAUGUCUAUAACAAUUAAAAGAUGAACUUAGAACUUGUCUAAUGAAGGAUUCAAAUUCUGUAAAGUCCAUCAAGAAGUUAGAUAAUGUGAAGCAUUCAUGUGUUUGUCUGUUAGUUUCUUACUUUGCACACAAACCAGCAUCGGAAAGCAUCAUGUCAAGACACUGGCUGAGGUCCCUUAACUUAAUAAUGGAUUCAGGUUUUCUUAGGGAAGAACCUGGGAAUGAGGGGAUGAAGAGUGCCCCCCUCCUCCGCAAGGCUGAGCCUAGAGGAGGGGAGCAGAGGACUAUGGGGGUCCAAUUAUUACUCAUUAGCAACGUGCAAGCAUGUGGAGGCUUCAUUGUGACGCCCCCCCCACCAGUACCUUAGCAGAUGCCAACGUGGGCCAACAGUCCAUAUACAGAGGGUCUGUUGGGCAGUGGUUGGUGAUCAUCCGGCAGAUGGCCGCCCACAACCGAGUCCGGUUCUGCUAGAGAUUUCUUCCUGUUUCUCCUCCACAGACGCCAAGUGCAUGCUCAUUGUGGGAACUGUUUUUCCUUCUUCUUCUGUUUAUUGUGGUCUCGACCUCACUAUGUCAAGAGCCAUGAGACAAUGUCUAAAUGUCUAAACUACAUCCCGUUCAGCUCAGUUAGCCACAGGCGGACUGACCAUACUUUGUUACAAUUGUCUGGACACAAUAGCAGGGGGUUUCCUCAAUGUAAAAAUCAGACAGACAAAAUAAUAAAAUCGAAGGGGUCUGAACACUUUGAAGUCAAUGUGAUGAAUAAAUACAGUACAAUACUUUAA